GAGAAGGAGACACAGAAUCAGCAUCACUUCUUACAAAGAAAUUUAAACAUGGGAUCAAGUACAACAAAACCUGAAUUUGUCUCUGUUUUGGUUGAUCAAAAUGUGGCAGAAGGAGAAGAUGUUACUCUUCGCUGUGUGGCAAACACAGGAGAAGUAACAGCAAAAUGGGAGAAGAAUGGACGCAGAUUGGAAUGUGUACACAACAAGUACACAAUAAAUCAAUAUGGUACAACAUUUAGCUUGACAAUCAAGAACACUGCAAAGGAAGAUCAAGGGAAAUACACAAUACACCUGUGGAAUCAAGCUGGUAGUGCCUCAUGCUCUGCUGUGGUCACUGUUGACCUCCACUACAGGCUAGCAUCUUUGAAAGGCCACCUUGGGUGUUCCUAA